ACCCAAAAAAAAAAAAACCUGUCUUUUUCUUUCCUAGGUGCGCAGUCUCUCUUAAACCUACGCACUCUUCACCCUCCACCAACUACGGCCACCACCACCUCCACCACUGCCAGAUAUUGAAUCUAUAAACCUGUUCGUUUUCAUAUACAUAUAUACCAACUAAUACCAAAAUUUCACAAUAUAUAUACACACAAAUAUAGUGUCUCCUCAACAACCACCCAUUGCCACCCACAUACCCAUUGAGCUCAUGAAACAAUAAAAACAGAGCAGCAAAGAAGAAAAAGCUAAAGCUUUCUCUUUAAAAACCCAGAAGAGUCAAGUAGUUCUUCAUAUAUCUAUAUCAAUGGAACGUGUGAGGAGGGUAGCGAACAGGGCAAUUCUGAAACGCCUGGUUUCAGAGGCCAAACAACACAGAGGGAAUGAAUUGUUAUCAAACUCUUCAUCACCCAUUUUGUACUCACCUUCAAGGUAUGUUUCUUCAUUGUCUCCCUUCGCAUUUCAUGGAAAAAGUAGUGGUAGAUCAGAUGGGAUAUUGGGAAGAAAUGGGCAUUACAAUAAUGGGUUUGGUUCUAUUGGGUCUCAAAUGAGAUCUAUAUCUGUUGAAGCAUUAAAACCAAGUGAUAGUUUUCCUCGUCGCCAUAACUCUGCAACUCCUGAAGAACAAACUAAAAUGGCUGAGUUUUGUGGGUUCUCGACUCUUGAUUCUCUUAUUGAUGCCACUGUGCCUAAAUCAAUCCGAAUUGAAUCAAUGAAGUUUCCAAAGUUUGAUGGUGGUUUAACAGAAUCACAAAUGAUUGAGCAUAUGAAAAAGUUGGCUUCUAUGAAUAAGGUUUACAAAUCAUUUAUUGGGAUGGGGUAUUAUAACACUUUUGUACCACCUGUUAUUUUGAGGAAUAUUAUGGAGAAUCCUGGUUGGUACACCCAGUAUACUCCUUACCAGGCUGAGAUUGCGCAGGGGCGACUCGAAUCCCUGCUUAAUUAUCAGACCAUGAUUUCGGAUCUUACUGGUUUACCCAUGUCAAAUGCUUCAUUACUUGAUGAAGGAACUGCUGCUGCUGAGGCAAUGGCUAUGUGUAAUAAUAUUCAGAAGGGGAAGAAGAAAACUUUCAUUAUUGCUAGUAACUGUCACCCUCAGACAAUUGAUGUUUGUAAGACUAGAGCUGAUGGUUUUGAGAUUAAUGUAAUCACUGCCGAUCUUAAGGACUUUGAUUACAAAUCGGGCAAUGUUUGUGGAGUUCUAGUCCAGUAUCCGGGCACUGAGGGUGAAGUAUUGGAUUAUGGGGAGUUCAUUAAGAAUGCACAUGCAAAUGGGGUUAAGGUCGUUAUGGCUACUGAUUUGUUGGCGUUGACAAUGUUGAAGCCUCCUGGUGAAUUCGGCGCAGAUAUUGUUGUUGGUUCGGCCCAAAGAUUUGGGGUUCCGAUGGGUUAUGGAGGUCCUCAUGCAGCAUUCCUAGCCACAUCGCAAGAGUACAAGAGGAUGAUGCCUGGAAGAAUUAUUGGUGUUAGUGUUGAUUCUUCAGGAAAGCCUGCUUUACGUAUGGCAAUGCAGACAAGGGAGCAACAUAUCCGUAGGGACAAGGCUACAAGCAACAUCUGCACUGCUCAGGCACUACUAGCCAACAUGGCUGCUAUGUAUGCUGUUUAUCAUGGACCUGAAGGCCUUAAAACAAUUGCUCAACGUGUCCAUGGUCUUGCUGGGACAUUUGCUGCUGGGCUGAAGAAGCUUGGAACUGUAGAAGUACAAGGGCUUCCCUUCUUUGACACCGUGAAGGUUAAAUGUGCUGAUUCACAGGCAAUUGUUGAUGCUGCUUACAAGAGUGAGAUGAAUCUGCGGAUUGUAGAGAAGAACACCGUCACAGUUUCUUUUGAUGAAACAACCACGUUAGAGGAUGUGGAUAAGCUAUUUAAGGUUUUUGCAUGUGGCAAGCCUGUGACGUUCGCUGCGGCAUCUCUUGCAUCAGACAUUCAGAACGUGAUCCCUUCUGGGCUUGUAAGGCAGAGCCCAUAUCUGACUCACCCAAUCUUCAACUCGUACCAUACAGAGCAUGAGCUGCUCAGGUACCUUCAUAAGCUGCAAUCGAAGGAUCUCUCAUUAUGCCACAGCAUGAUUCCCCUGGGAUCUUGUACAAUGAAGUUGAAUGCAACCACCGAGAUGAUGCCUGUGACGUGGCCUAGCUUCGCAGAGAUGCACCCUUUUGCUCCCAGUGAACAGGCUGAGGGUUAUCAGGAAAUGUUCAAAGAUUUGGGCAACCUGUUGUGUACUGUCACUGGAUUCGAUUCAUUUUCUUUGCAACCCAAUGCUGGUGCAGCUGGAGAGUAUGCUGGACUUAUGGUCAUCCGCGCAUAUCAUCUGUCAAGAGGAGACAAACGCCGCAAUGUAUGCAUCAUACCUGUCUCAGCACAUGGAACAAAUCCUGCUAGUGCUGCUAUGUGUGGAAUGAAAAUUGUUGCUGUUGGAACUGAUGCCAAGGGAAAUAUUAACGUUGACGAGUUACGGAAGGCAGCUGAAGCGAAUAGGGACAACUUAUCUGCUCUUAUGGUUACAUAUCCAUCAACUCACGGAGUCUAUGAGGAAGGCAUUGAUGAGAUAUGCCAGAUAAUUCAUGACAAUGGGGGUCAAGUUUACAUGGAUGGAGCCAACAUGAAUGCACAGGUUGGUCUGACAAGCCCAGGCUUCAUUGGUGCUGAUGUUUGCCACCUCAAUCUCCACAAAACAUUCUGCAUUCCUCAUGGUGGUGGGGGUCCUGGCAUGGGUCCUAUAGGUGUGAAGAAACACUUGGCCCCCUUUCUGCCAUCACAUCCUGUGGUACUCACUGGAGGUAUACCUGCCCCUGAGAAGAUGCAACCACUUGGUACCAUUUCUGCUGCACCUUGGGGCUCUGCGCUUAUUUUGCCAAUAUCAUAUACCUACAUUGCCAUGAUGGGGUCCAAGGGACUUACAGAAGCAUCAAAGAUAGCUAUAUUGAACGCAAACUACAUGGCUAAACGUUUGGAGGAGUACUACCCCAUCCUUUUCCGUGGUGUCAAUGGAACAGUUGCCCAUGAAUUCAUUGUUGAUUUGAGGGGCUUUAAGAAUACCGCUGGGAUAGAGCCUGAAGAUGUUGCUAAACGUCUAAUGGAUUAUGGAUUUCAUGGACCCACAAUGUCAUGGCCAGUUCCUGGGACGCUCAUGAUUGAGCCAACCGAAAGUGAAAGCAAGGCAGAGUUAGACAGGUUUUGUGAUGCCCUCAUCUCUAUAAGAGAGGAAAUUGCACUGAUUGAGAAAGGAAAAGCAGAUAUUAACAACAAUGUUCUGAAGGGAGCUCCUCAUCCACCAUCUUUACUCAUGGCUGAUGCGUGGACAAAACCGUAUUCUCGAGAAUAUGCUGCCUUCCCUGCUUCCUGGCUUCGUUCUGCAAAGUUCUGGCCUACCACAGGACGUGUCGACAAUGUUUAUGGCGAUCGCAACCUCGUCUGCACCCUUCUGCCAGCAUCGCAGGUUGUAGAAGAAGCAGCAGCAGCAGCUACUGCUUAAGCUUCAGCUCUUCACUGCACCUCUCAAGGUUCCAACAAAAACAUGAAACCUUUCUUCUUCAUCCUCCACUUGUAUAUAACAUUGCCAUAUUCAUAUACUUCCUUACCAAUGUUGGCUGUCAUUUUCUUAUUAUGUUGAUGAUCAGCUGCUUCAAUAACAGUUGUUGCUAAUUGCAGCUUUAAUUGUUGUACUUGUCAAUGUUUUUAGCUUUCUUCAUGAAUUUGAUUGAUAACAGUCAUAACCAUGGAAGGAAGGGCACAUCCAUGCAUUUGUCUAAUUUGAACUUCCAAUCGUCUCUAUGAACGAAAACAAGUUUCAUAUCAUAAAAUAGAGUACCUAGUGCAAAACACGUUUUUUUUUAGCAUGG